AGUGCAUUGGCUAAAGGAUAGGCUUACUAAGGACAGGACCAGGUAAGUAUUCUAUUUGUAUUUAAGAAUAUUUUUAAUUUAACACGUUUGGUUGAUGGCUUCUUAAAAUAUGACAAAAAUGUAUUUCUCUACUUUCAGAACAGAUUAAUGAUAACAGUGAGUGUUUUUAAAGUUAUGUAAAACAUACUUUUUUUUAUUUACCAUGUUCCCAUGAAGGAAUGGACAGAGGACUUCUCUUUGUGGUCACUAUGGUGAUGGGCUGCCUGGCACCAGGUGUUAGUGGAAACGGACAUCUCACGUUUGCCAAUAAUACGAAGGUUCUUAAUCUACUCUUCCCAGAAACACCUUUAUUGACCAGAUCCUAACUUAAAGUAAUAGUUCACUCCCAAGUCAAAGUUUGUCAGAGGAUUUUAGAAGUUAAAAGUGGUCUGAUGUCGAUGAGUCAACAGCCCACAAAUAUAGAUUUUGAAAUUAACUCUAACUUUAAGAUGUGUGCAUAACUUGAACUAGAUUUUCUGUGUGUGGUUUGACAGGUGAAUAUCACACGGACAGGCUGUGGAUUGAAAAAGCUGUGUGUAGAGACCCCAGAACAAUGUGAUCCUACAGGAAAAACAAGCUGCCUCUUCGCUUCCAUAGUCACUACUGCCCCCUCUCCUCCUAACGGAGUAGACCUGUUAGUUGAGCUCCGUGGGGACUCCAGUGGAUAUAUUGCUCUAGGGCUGACUGCCAACGAGACAGAGGUAAGACAUGCACGCACACACACACACACACAAGACCAGAAAAACAAGGUGAACCCAUAACCACAUAAUUUCAUCACUUUUUGGACUUCCCAAAGACAAGACCUUAAGGGGCCUUUCAUUGGAUAUUAAAUUGCUGUUGUAUUUGCAUGAAGGCAGUAGAGGAAAUUAUGAUUGUCAGUAACCAAUGCUCACCCUCUCUCUUCUCUGUAUAGGGCACGUCUAUGGUUUUUAUCUGUGCCCAGAACAGUAGUGUCAGUUUCUUCUUCCGCUCGGCCCAGCGCAACAACCUCAACAACACAAUUUCUCUGACACAGAGGGUGAAGAGGCUUUCAUCAAAUCAAUUGACACUAUUGAGGUCAGUUGUUGACUGUAGGCAAAUGUAACACUUUUUCUUGUGUUCACAGAUUGUGAAGAACAUUACUAGCUCAGUCAAUGGGACUGUCAUCCAGUGUGAAUUCAAUGUGCCAGCGGUUAAUGCAACAACCAGGACCAGUCACAUCACCUUCGUCACCUUCCUCGCUGUGGGAAAUGUCACGAACGGUAAGUGUGUUUACAUAAUAUUUGAACCAUGCACACAGGCACACAGCCUCUCUCUCCCACUGUAAUAAUUUGAUCUUCUAAACAUCUGCCUUCUGUUUCAUCCCUACUUAUUCAGGUAUGGGUAUUGGUGACAUCAACAUACGCUUGACCAGUAAGCUGUUGAACCUGGCUCAACCUAACAGCAAUGUCGCAACAACCACAGCCCCAACAACAGCAGGCAGCAGCGCACUCACAUCCCAAGGUAAGCAAGUCAGGCUUGAGCUAGAAGUUGCCCUUAAUCAACCAUAGAUCUGCUGGGGUCAUGUCUUUUCUAGUGUUCUGUCGGGUCCAUAACAUCCAGUCAAUCCACCCUUUCCUUUUAGCUGUGCUUGUCCUGCUCAGUGUGCUGACAUAUCAUCUUUCCUGAAGAGGACCUGAUUAAGUUUAGCCAGCUUCAACACAAAUGCAAAGAUACAAUGAAGUAAAUUAUUACACUAAAUAUUUGAAGGAAAAUUGACUCAGUAUCUGAGAUGAAUUACUGUCAUGUACAAUGAAAUGCUACUGUUAGCACAACUGAUAAUGUGGGAUCUUGGUAUUUUAAUCUGUGUGUGAAAGGGAACAAGCAUGAAGCACAUAUGCUACAGUAAAAGGAAUUAAUUGGUUGAUAGAUGUAUAAGCUACAAUUCUGU